AUGAAAAAUAGAACAUCAGUGACAGAUUUCAUCCUCCUGGGCCUGACGGAUAAUCCAGAACUACAGGCUGCGAUUUUCCUCUUUUUAUUUCUCACUUAUGUACUGAGCGUCACUGGAAAUCUCAGUAUCAUCAUACUUACUCUUCUGGAUUCCCACCUGAAGACCCCCAUGUAUUUUUUCCUCAGGAAUUUCUCCUUCUUAGAAAUUUCGUUUACUUCUGUCUGUAAUCCUAGAUUUUUGAUCAGUAUCCUAACGGGAGACAAAUCUAUUUCCUAUAAUGCUUGUGCAGCUCAGCUAUUUUUCUUUAUCCUCCUGGGUUCAACAGAGUUUUUUCUUCUGGCCUCUAUGUCCUAUGAUCGAUACGUGGCCAUCUGCAAACCUCUGCAUUAUACAACCAUCAUGAGUAACAAGAUCUGCUACCAGCUUGUAGUCAGCUCUUGGCUGGCUGGCUUCUUAGUAAUCUUUCCGCCAUUGACCAUGGGCCUGCAGCUGGAUUUCUGUGACUCCAAUGUCAUUGACCACUUCACCUGUGAUUCUGCCCCUUUACUGCAAAUCUCCUGCACAGACACAAGUACUCUAGAGCUCAUGAGCUUUGUUUUAGCUGUGCUUACUCUCAUGUCCACUUUGACGUUAGUAAUUCUCUCCUACUCUUAUAUCCUCAGAACAAUUCUGAGAAUCCCCUCAGCUCAACAAAGAAAAAAAGCCUUCUCGACCUGUUCUUCCCAUGUGAUCGUUGUCUCUAUCUCUUAUGGGAGCUGCAUCUUCAUGUAUGUGAAAACAUCAGCAAAGGAAGGGGUUGCUUUGACAAAGGGGGUAGCUAUGCUCAACACCUCUGUCGCUCCUAUGCUGAAUCCAUUUAUUUACACCUUAAGGAACCAGCAGGUGAAACAAGCAUUUAAGGAUGCUGUGAGAAAGAUACUCUUCUCAAAAACAAUGAUCUGA